AUGGCUUUUCGGCUGGUGCUCAUCACGCCGCCGGAGGCCGCCACACCGCGCGAGCUGGAGCUGGCCACAAGCCUGUUCAAGCGGGGGCUGUGCACCCUGCACCUGCGCAAGCCUAGUUGCGACCGCGAGCAGGUGGCGCAAUACCUGGCAGCGCUACCGCCCGAUGCCCGCCGCCGCACUGUGCUGCACCAACACCACGACCUGGCAAAGCAGUCUAGCAUCGGCGGCAUACACUACCGGGAGGCAGAGCGGCCGCCGGGCGUCAUAAAGGCGCCGCCGGGGCUGUCAGUGUCCACCUCCUUUCACACGCUCCCCGACCUGGGCGUGUGCCGCGGCGAGGUGGACUACUGCUUCCUGUCCCCCAUCUACGCAUCCAUCUCCAAGCCAGGCUAUGGGGAGGCGGCGUUCCCAGACCCAGGCGAGCUGGCAGGUGGCCUGGCGGGCAGCCGGUACCCUGUGCUGGCGCUAGGAGGGGUGACACGCGACAAGUUUGGCGAGCUGGCGGAGCUGGGGUUUGCGGGGGCGGCGCUGCUGGGAGCGGUGUGGGCAGCGGAGGACCCGCUGGCAGCCUGGGAGGCGGCGGUGGCAGAAGCCGCGCGGCUGGGAUGA